AUGGAGAGAAAGAAGAGCGAUGAUUUUGAUGAUCAGGUUGAUCAACCGCAGGGCAAGGUUUUGGUGGAAGCGGCCUUCAGGAACAGCCAUGUGCCGCCGUGGACGAAGCAAAUCACUGUGAGGGCCAUGGUCACUAGCUUUAUCCUGAGCAUCGUUUUCAACUUCAUUGUUUGCAAGCUUAACCUUACCACUGGUGUCAUACCAUCGCUCAACGUCGCCGCCGGGUUGUUGGGUUUUGCGGUGUUGAAAGCUUACACCACCAUACUCACCAAGGUCGGCCUCUUGAAGCAGCCUUUCACUCGUCAAGAAAAUUGUGUCAUCCAAACAUGUGUGGUCGCGUCAUCCGGGAUCGCCUUUAGCAGUGGAACUGCAAGCUACGUACUGGGUAUGAGUGGAUUUGUAGCUUCUCAAGGACAUGAAACAAACACCCCAUUGAACGUAAAGGACCCUCAUAUUGGAUGGAUGAUGGGAUUUCUUUUCUGUGUCAGCUUCCUGGGCUUGUUUUCCAUUAUGCCCUUGAGAAAGGUGAUGAUCAUGAAGUACAGAUUAACCUACCCAAGUGGAACUGCAACUGCGUACCUCAUUAACAGUUUCCACACUCCCAAAGGAGCCAAGUUAGCAAAGAAACAAGUUGCUGUCCUGUUCAAAAGCUUCUGCUUUAGCUUCGUGUGGGCGUUCUUCCAAUGGUUUUACACAGCCGCUGAUGGCUGCGGAUUUUCUAGCUUCCCAACGUUUGGUCUCCAAGCUCAUGCACAGAGGUUUUACUUUGACUUCUCAUCGACGUAUGUUGGUGUGGGAAUGAUUUGCCCUUACCUUGUGAACAUCUCUCUGCUUGUUGGAGCAAUACUUUCAUGGGGAAUCAUGUGGCCCUUGAUUGAGAAGCAGAAAGGUGUAUGGUACAGUACUGAUAUCCCAGCGAGCAGUCUCCACGGUAUCCAAGGAUACAGGGUUUUCAUUGCUAUAGCCAUGAUGCUGGGUGAUGGUUUGUACCAUGUAGUUUACAUGCUCAUUCUGACCUCCUGCAGUUUAUGUUGUACACCUAAAACAAAAGAAAUUGAUUUCGAUUCAUCUCCCCCACCGUCGGUAAAUCCUUCGAGUAUUGAAGCUGGAGAAGAAGUUUUGAAUCCAAACUAUGACGAGGAGAGAAGAAUAGCCUUUUUCUUAAAAGACCAAAUUCCCAACUGGCUUGCUUUCGGUGGUUAUGUUGUUCUUGCCGUUAUAGCCAUCAUUGUCGUACCUCUAUGCAUUUUCCCCCAGUUGAAAUGGUACCAUAUCUUAACUGCUUAUAUGAUUGCACCAGUUUUGGCAUUCUGUAAUGCCUAUGGUACUGGUCUCACUGACUGGUCCCUCGCCUCCAACUAUGGAAAGUUCGCCAUCAUGAUCUUCAGUGCUUGGGUUGGCUAUGCCAAAGGUGGAGUUGUUGCUGGUCUUGCUGCCUGCGGUGUCAUGAUGAGCGUUGUCUCUACAGCUUCUGAUCUUAUGCAAGACUUCAAGACUGGAUUUCUUACAUUGUCCUCUCCUCGCUCGAUGUUCUUCAGUCAAGUUCUUGGCACGGCCAUGGGUUGUGUCAUGUCCCCUUUGGUAUUCUGGUUUUUUUUCUACAAAGCUUAUCGACUAGGUGAUCCAAGCGGUCCAUAUCCUGCACCGUACGCACAAAUGUACCGUGGAAUGGCUCUUCUAGGAGUUGAAGGCGUUAGUUCACUUCCCAAAAAUUGUGUGACACUUGCAGCGUCCUUUUUCGCAGCUGCCAUUGCUCUUAAUUUGCUUGCGGAGCUUCUAAAGCGUUAUGAGACCAAGUACAAUGUGUACAAGUUUAUUCCAAUCCCAAUGUGCAUGGCCAUCCCAUUUUAUCUUGGUUCAUACUUCGCCAUUGACAUGUGUGUGGGGAGCUUGAUUCUCUUCUUGUGGCGAAGGAAGAACAAACAAAAGGCCGAUGACUUUGCACCGGCGGUCGCAUCUGGACUCAUUUGUGGUGACUCUAUGUGGGGCAUUCCGGCUGCAAUCCUUUCACUCUCGGGUGUGAAACCUCCGAUCUGUAUGAAGUUUCUUUCUGCUUCUGCUAAUGCAAAAGUCGAAAAGCUUUUGUCCGGUCCUUAA